CACAAAGCCCUAGUUCCCGCCAAUAUUGUUGGCGCCAUUUCACAUCUCACCAAUAUCCAUAUAAAUCACUAAUUUCCCGGGAAAAUUUUACCCUCCAUUUUUUCUUCUCAACUUUCUCCAUUUACUCUUGAAUCUAAAUCUACCGGCGAAACCAAGCGAUUCUGAAUCAGUUUAUGGAAGACUGGUGUGACAUCUUGGAGUUAUAAAGGACUUGUGCUAUAUUCUAUCCCUUCGAGGGCAUUUGCAGUUUCACCAACAGUUCAUGAACUUGAGUCAAGCCUGUUAGACAAUGGAGCAAAGAAGUUGCAACAACUUGCACUUUAUCCAGGUUAGGAGGAGAGGUUUGACAGUAGAAGUCCCUAAUGUAGAUUCUCAUGGAAAGCCAGCUUUAAUGUUCAAGAAGUUAAAAGACAUCUAUGAUACUGAAAAUAUUAAGUGUGAAAGCGAAUGUCUGCAGGUGGUAGACAGAACAUUACAAGCAGUAGAACCUGAAGAUAACAUAUUUGGUGGCUGUGCUAAUCAUGAAGUGAAUAUUCAGUCAGAUGAUUGUGAUUUUGGAGAAAUAACACUGAAACAACUGAAGAAUAAAUGCAAAUCCAAGAAAAGGAAACUUGCUACUCCAAGUUCUAGUAUGACCUGUCUGAAGCAGCCUAACGGAUGUUAUCUCCCAGACGAAGAUGAUGAUCUAAAAGUACCCCUUAGUCAUUUGAAAUCGGGGAUUUUCAAAAAAGCAAAUGGUAAAAGAAGGUGCACCAACAGGAAUCUCUUUGCAUCUCCAAAAGAGCCUGUAUCAGUUAAACUUGAAGAGGUUUUUGAGCCUGAAAUUUCUCAGCAGCUCAGAAGUGUUUUGCCUGAAGUGGCAGAACCCAUAGCUGACACUUCUGAAUCUGAGUUCUCAGUGUGUCAAAGCUCAGAUUCCUCCAAUUGCUCCUCUAAUAUCCAGAUGGUUAGCAAACUGGAACCUGUUACAAUUACAUGCAGUGAAUUUCCAAAUGAUGCUGACUCUGAGGAAAACAAACCAGUUUUGUUUGCUGAAGAACAGCAGCUUUGUACUCUUAACCAGAUUUCCAGUGAUAACUCGGAACAUGUGGAGUCUAAAUAUGUUUUCUCAGCUAGUGAAGUGCCUGCAGAGGUAAAUAAUCAGGAGGACGGAUGUAAUGGAGAGAACAGUCAAAAAGAGUUGUUUGCUCCAGCAAGGUCUAUGGAAACAGUAGCAGCAGCAAAUGAUCAGAGUCUAGACAUGUAUGACUGCCUGAUGAAUUGUUCUGAUACAGUCGAGAUUUCUGAUCAGAAACCCAAUAUUGUUGUGUUUCAUGUUCCUGACGCAACGGUACCUAAUAGCACUAUCACUGCCAGUCUUCAUUGUGCAGAUGAUGUUUGCAUGUUUGGAGAUAGAGAUAAGGAAGUUUUGCUCUCAGAUCAGAAUAUUAGUUCAGUCGAUGGCCCUGUUGACAAUUGCAUCUCAUCGUGGAAUUUUCAAACUUGCUCAGGCAGUGACAAUUGUUUGCCAUCCUUGGACAAAAUUGAUGACAAGGAGCAGCGAACAGAUUCUUGCUUUACUGAUGCAGCAACUAGUUUGAUUUCAGGAAAUUGUUUGGGUGAUGAAAAUCGGCCACUGAAAUAUUCAAGUAUUUCUGAAGAAAAAAAUAUGACGUUAAGCAGUCCACCUCCGGAUGUUGUUGAUCAGAUCUCAACACCAGAGCUGUCACCGCCUCCUGAGAGACUUCUUUCGACACGAAAGGCUAUUUCUCCAUCCUCUCAAGAGCGACUUUGUUUGGCUAUGAACUCCAUAGACUUAAUUGAUGACCUGGAGAACUACAAAUGUAAAGAAAAACUCACUUUUGCGGGUCAUGAGGAUUCUGAAAGAUCAUGCCUAGCUGAUGCUAGCACAAGUAAAGAUUCUGAACGAUCUCCACGGCCUAAUCAGGCUAAAGUUUUUAUAGGCCCCAAGCAGAUCUCUAGGAGAUUGAAGAUUGGAAAACGAAGUUCCCCUCCAAAAGGCAAUCUAGUAAAACGAAGUAGUCCUUUGAAGGGCAAUCUAGAAGGUCCUCGUCUAUCUCGUUCUUUACCUCAGCUUAGCACUGGGUGCACCUCAAUUAAACGUUGUUCAGAAAGUGCUAUAGCAUUUUCACAGCGGCAGAUGCAUGAUAUUGAAUCUCUAGCAUCGAAGCUUAUGAAUGAAUUGAAGUCCAUGAAGGAUAUGGUAGAAGACAAAUUACUCUUUGAAGCAUAUCGAACCAGUUCUUUGAAAAAUGAUGCUGAUGAGGUGAAGAAUGCCAUAAAAGGUGCUACGAAAGUUGAAGAGACAACACGAAAGUGGUUGUCCAUGAUGACUAGGGACUGCACCAGAUUCUGUAAAAUCAUGAAAUUGACUCAAAAUGGUGCGACUGAUUCCAAGAACUCAGUCCAUAGAGAGGGGAGGAAAAUUUCUUUUGCUGAUGAAGCUGGUGGUAUGCUCUGUCAUUUCAACUAUUUUGAGGAUACCGAUCCAACGUUGGAAUCUGAUAGUGUACAAGAAGAAGACAUAUGAGGCCUCAACUAUCAUCUUCUGGAGAUAUCUCAAUAUUUUGUUGUAUGAUAGAUUAUUGUGCAUCUUCCUGAUUGAUUGUGUCCAAUAAUGUAACGAUGAAAUAUUAUUUUUUCCUAAUACUACAUUUUGAGAUAAUAUGCUAUCUAAAACUACUGUAAGCCAAGUCUCCAAAUGCACUUC